GCUUCGGUACAAUUUGCGACCAACUUCCAAUCCCCAUCAAUUCGUACAUUUCAAGAAAAACAAAAAAAAAGACACAAAACCCAGCGAUUUGGGCUGGGCGACGACGACGCAGCGCUCAGCCGGCGACGAUGCACCUCCCAACCGUUGAUUCCGCCGCCGCAUCCCCCUAACAACCCGCCGACGCCGUCACCCUCCCAGCCGCGCACGUCCCACCAAGCCCAGCCGCGCACAGUCCUUCUAGCCAGCUGCGCGCGUUGGCGCAAGCCUCCACCCAACCGGACCACCUAGUCAGCCGUACACCCAUCGACGAUUUCCCACCCCAGGAAAACUAUGAAAAAAAUGUUGUUGAAUGCGUUGAAAAAGGCAUUGCUAAAGAUCCCACACCAAAUCUACUUCGAGACAGUAGGUGGGAGAAAGAAGGGAAAGGUCCCCGGGUUGGGGAGUGGAGACUCUCUAUACUUUGCACCAUCUAGAAGGGGUGGUAGUUCUUCUAGCUCAUACACCUCAUCUAUUUAUUCUCAAAUGUCAACUCGCUUGGAAGAGACUCAACAACAGUUGACUCAAAAAUCCAUUGAGCUUGAAACAACAAAAAAUCAGACGUUAAAGGCUAUGGAGAACGAUCUACUUUUGAGGCAAAGCGAGAGAGAAGAAAGAGAAGCAGAGCGACUAGAGCAUCAAAGGGAGAUAGAAAGGGAGAGACAAGAGAGAGAAAGGGAGAGACGAGAGAGAGAAGAACAUGCCGCCCAGAUGAAAAAAGCAAUGGAGUCUUACGAGAGGAUGUUCAGUCAGUGUACUGGUUUUCCUUUCUCGCAGUCGCAGGACCCUCGAGAUCCAACCGGCGGCGGGACACCUUUGUGUUAGGUAGUUAGUAUUCUUGUAUACCUAGUUGCAACUUUUCUUUUGAGUCCUAUAUAUUAUGAAUGUAGUAACAUGUUUAAACAAAAUCAGGUGUAUUAUGAAUCUUGUUGUAUGACUUUGAACAGGUUUAAUAUUAUAACAUUGACAGGUUUCAUACGA